UUCCCUAGGGAUGGUUUAAAAUGUUUCCGAAAACACUUCAUAGCAUUGAAAUGAAGUUUAAACUAUAAUACUUUAAAUCAUUAUAUUUUGUUGAAUUUGGUAUGAGUCGUUAUAAAGGCUGUUUGGUAUUAAUAAAUAUAGUUGAAAAGCGCUAUUUUAGAGUUGGUAUGGUCCAAUGACCUCAGCUUGAGAAGCCUGAUAGCAGUAAGCGAAGCUAACAACGGCAUCAUGGUGAACUUCGCAGCGAUGGUGCGAGAGCACUGGGUGAACGUCCUGGUCCCACUGGGCUUCGUCAUAGGCGUCUAUCUGGACAGAUGGAAUGAUCAGAAACUGACAGCAUUCAGGAACAAGAGUGCAUUGUACAGUAGGGAACUGAAGCCUGGUGAGGAAUACACCUGGAAGUGAAAUCUUCCUCUUCGUAUUUAUUGGACUUCCUGUUCUCUUAAUUCCUCCUUUGUAAUCCUUAAAACUAAAUGAGUUUUCAAUAACAUUUGUGAUGUAAAAUAUACUGGUACAAAAA